AGGCCCGCGAUCUCGUAGCUCCCCCUCCCUUCCCUCUGCCUCCCGGGCUCCGGCUGCAGCGUCAGCCUCGGUCCGGCCUCUGUGGCUGCCGCGGCCCCGAUCCCUCGGCUUCAGCCCCUGCGUCCCUUGGCGCCUCUCGGCCCCGAUCCGCAGCGCCGCCCAUCCUCGCCCCCCCGGCGCCGGCCUAGGCCGCGGCCGCAGCCCCGCGCUCGCGUCGGCGCCGCCCGCUCCCGGCCCGCCCCCUAUGGGCCCCGGCUAGAGGCGCCGCCGCCGCCGGCCCUCGGAUCCCCGAUGCUGGCCCGGAGGAAGCCGGUGCUGCCGGCGCUCACCAUCAACCCCGCCAUCGCCGAGGGCCCGUCCCCCACCAGCGAGGGCGCCUCCGAAGCAAACUUGGUGGACCUGCAGAAGAAGCUAGAGGAGCUAGAACUUGAUGAGCAGCAGAAGAAGCGGCUGGAAGCCUUCCUCACCCAGAAGGCCAAGGUCGGGGAGCUCAAGGACGAUGACUUUGAAAGGAUCUCGGAGCUGGGAGCCGGGAACGGUGGGGUGGUCACCAAGGUCCAGCACAGACCCUCGGGCCUCAUCAUGGCAAGAAAGCUGAUCCACCUGGAGAUCAAGCCAGCCAUCCGGAACCAGAUCAUCCGUGAGCUGCAGGUGCUGCAUGAGUGUAACUCCCCGUACAUCGUGGGCUUCUACGGGGCCUUCUACAGCGACGGCGAGAUCAGCAUCUGCAUGGAGCACAUGGAUGGUGGCUCCCUGGACCAGGUGUUGAAAGAAGCCAAGAGAAUCCCCGAAGAGAUCCUGGGGAAGGUCAGCAUCGCGGUUCUGCGGGGCCUGGCGUAUCUCCGGGAGAAGCACCAGAUCAUGCACCGAGAUGUGAAGCCAUCCAACAUCCUUGUCAACUCCCGAGGGGAGAUCAAGCUGUGCGACUUUGGGGUGAGCGGGCAGCUCAUCGACUCCAUGGCCAACUCCUUCGUGGGGACGCGGUCCUACAUGUCUCCGGAGCGGCUGCAAGGCACUCACUACUCGGUGCAGUCAGACAUCUGGAGCAUGGGCCUGUCCCUGGUAGAGCUGUCCAUUGGAAGGUACCCCAUCCCCCCGCCGGACGCCAAGGAGCUGGAGGCCAUAUUUGGCCGGCCCAUGGUCGACGGCGCGGAAGGAGAGCCUCACAGCAUCUCGCCGCGGCCGAGACCCCCCGGACGCCCCAUCAGCGGUCAUGGGAUGGACAGCCGGCCGGCCAUGGCAAUCUUUGAGCUGCUGGACUACAUCGUGAACGAGCCUCCUCCCAAGCUGCCCAACGGCGUCUUCACCCAGGACUUCCAGGAGUUUGUAAAUAAAUGCCUAAUUAAGAACCCAGCAGAGCGAGCAGAUCUGAAGAUGCUCAUGAGUUCCGUGGUUCCAGAUCAGAUGUUCUCACCCAGGCGACUCUGCCCCCGUGGAUCCCUGGGCCACAUCUGGGGACGUCUGUGGUUGUCACACCUGGGGGGACUCCUGGCGUCGAGCGGGUCGGGGCAGGGAUUCUGCUUCACACCCCGCAGUGCCCGGGACGCCCCACAGAGGAACCACGCCUUCAUCAAGCGGUCCGAGGUGGAAGAAGUGGAUUUUGCCGGCUGGUUGUGUAAAACGCUGCGGCUGAACCAGCCCAGCACGCCCACGCGCACCGCCGUCUGACGGUCCCACCACCGACAGACCCGCUCCCCCCCCCCCGCCCCUCCCGCUGCACCCUCCGCGGGGAUGCGCGCGUGGCCCUCGGACCCGGGGAGGCCGACGCCGCUGUGCUGUCUUCUUAGAACCUGCUUCCUUAGGUUUAAAGAAAAAAACCGAAACAAAACAGGGAAAGAAAACGCAAACGUGCCGGUUGUGCUUCUUGUGCCUCGUCCUUGGGGUGUCAGCCUUGGUCCAGCCCGGGGUGGGCGCCUCUGCGAGGGCGGCCCCACCCCCGAGAGACGGGCCUGGCGUCGGGCACUGGCUUUGCUCCUUUCCCAGGGCUGAAGCCUCGGGGGGACCCCCAGCCGUGGGUGACUUUCACCAGAAGAGAAGGGGGCUGCCGCCUUGGGGUGCGUGUGUGCCCCCAGCCUGGCAUCUGCCCCUUGGAGGUGGCCCUCCCAGCCCGCAAGAGCCAUCGGGCCCAGUGGCUCUCGUGGGGUCCCCUCCCCGCCCCCCCGCCCCGGCGGCUCCAGCCUCGGGCCAUGCAGCCUGUCCUCAGCAGUGCGUGACCUGCCCCCUGGGAGGGACCUCCGGGUCCUCUCCUGUGCUUCGGGGAACAGAGACUUCUGACAGCUCGCAGCAGCCUGAGCUGACACUCGCUCCGCAGAAAGGAAGCCUUGGGUUUCCAAGCUGUCCUGUGGUUGAAGCCCCAGCAGAUCCUGCAGAUAAGGCCCGCUCCCCUAUGCCUGCAGGCCGACAGAUGUGGGCGGGUGGCUCUGUGUCACCUCCGCUCACCCAGCAAAUCAGAAGUGACCACCCAAGGCACGUCACUGUCUCGGGCCUUGAACCGUUCGACCGCAGCGGAUCGGAAAUGAGAUGGUGGGGGUGAGGCUGUCCUUACUCCUGGUGGCCAUUGAGGUGUCCAGCCAGGCCCCCUGCAGGGGUCUGCAUGAGGUCCGAGGCCCGAGACCCAGCCUUUCCGCCUUCAGGGCCGUACCACCUCCAACGGAGAAGGCCUCCUCUGGGCCAUCGGGCAGUAGGAAGUGGUGGAGGGCAGGGCUGCUUCUAAGGCUUCCCCUCCUGCAGGCUCUCUGAAGAUGAAGCUGUGAGUCUCCCCACAACCCCAAUACUUCCUGAAGGCUUGAAACGAGCCGAUAUUUAUCUGUGAUAAAUCGCAGAGGAAGGGUUCUCGUAGAGCAGCGGUCCUGGUGCAAGCCACACCGGCCCCGCGUUUCUGGAGAAGGUACAGCUGAAGGUGGGGGACUGUGGCCCUCUGGGAACUGCUGGGUCCUUUUCUUCCUAGGGAGACCCUUCAAGUCUCCUCUGUUUUUUCCCGUGGUCACCAAAGAGAAGACAAGUUGGUAGCUGUUCCAACCAGCUUUCCAGAUUUCUGCCACCUCGUAGUUGCCCCCAAAGUCUUUCCUGAUUUAGAAAAGAAUAAAAAAGAUAACUAAAA